CAUUUUGACAGUUGAUAAUAAUGUCAAAAAAUUGUAUUUUCCAACGGCUCCCGCUAAACGGAUUUACAUUCAAUAGUUUUAGUUAUUCAUAGUUCAAACCAAUGAAAAAGUGUGUGUUAUCAUAAUAUCCUCGAUGAGUUGGUGUACGUCAAGAUGUACAUCAAGUCUAUAGUGUUGGACGGUUUCAAGUCAUAUGGGAAUCGUGUGGAGAUCACCGGUUUCGACCCGGAAUUCAACGCUAUCACUGGACUGAACGGCACAGGGAAGUCGAACAUCUUAGAUUCGAUAUGUUUUGUGUUAGGAAUCACUAAUUUAUCAAACGUGCGUGCGGGCAGCCUGCAGGAACUGAUCUACAAACAUGGGCAGGCGGGUAUCACCAAGGCCACCGUGAGCAUAACCUUUGACAACCGAGACCGGAGACAAUGCCCCAUUGGAUAUGAAAAUCAAAAUGAAAUUACUGUUACAAGACAAGUGGUGAUGGGAGGUAAGAACAAGUACAUGAUCAACGGCAUCAAUGUUCAGAACAAGCGCGUGGCAGACUUGUUCUGCUCGGUGCAGCUGAACGUGAACAACCCUCACUUCCUCAUCAUGCAGGGUCGCAUCACUAAGGUGCUCAACAUGAAGCCACCUGAGAUCCUGUCUAUGGUGGAGGAGGCAGCUGGGACCAGAAUGUAUGAGGCUAAGAAACAAGCUGCACAGAAGACUAUAGAGAAAAAAGACGCUAAACUUAGAGAACUUAAUGAUAUAAUAAGAGAGGACAUAGCACCAAAACUACAAAAGCUACAAGAUGAAAGAUCUCAGUUUCAAGAAUAUCAGAAAGUUGUGAGAGAGUUGGAGAAUCUCAAUAGAUUGUACAUAGCAUAUAAGUUCGUAACAGCAGAGGAGCGCGCGAAGGAAGCGGAAGCCAAAGUGACAGAAGUACAAGAAGACAUACAGAGACAGAAGGAUCAGAUCAAGAACAACCAGAAGGAGGCCAAAGAGUUCGACAAACAGGUUGCUGAGCUCAACAAGAAGCUGGAUGAGGAAAGUGGCAACGUCCUCAAAGAGUUGGAGAAGGAGCUGCAGUCGCUAGAGAAGACUGAGGCAUCAGCGUCGUCCGCACACCGCGCGGGGCGCGAGGCGGUGACGUCACACGACAAGCGCGCCACCCUGCUGCAGCGAGCGCUGGCUGACGACCAGGCCGCGCUGGCUGCCAAGAAAACUGCCUUGGACAAGGUGGAGUCAACAUUCGAGAAUCUUCGUACGGCGAGUGAAGCCAGUAACGCGGCACUAGCUGAAGCGCAGCAGAAGUUCCUCGCAGUCAGUACUGGUUUAGAGGGAGCUUCAGAGUCACUGCAAGAUCAACUCAUGGCGGCAAAGCAAGAGGCGUCCGAAGCAGCGACGCGCAUCUCGCAGAGCACGAUGGAGAAGGCGCACGCGGAGAAGCGGCUCAAGGCGCUGGAGCGGGAGUUCCACAGCAGCAGCGCCCAGUACCAGCGAGACCAGCAGCAUAUAGCCAAGCAGCAGGCGCAGCUCGAUGCGCUGCAGUCGGAGCUGUCGGGCAUGAGCUUCAGCGCGGAGCAGCAGACAGCACUGCGCGAGCGAGUGCGGACGCUGCACGGCGCGGUGCGGCAGCAGCGCGACGCGGCGGACGCGCUGGCGGCGCGGCUGUCGCGCUGCAACUUCCGCUACUCACCGCCUACACCAGACUUUGACGCCCGCCGGGUCUCCGGUACAAUCUGUAGACUGAUCGAUGUCUGCGACCCCAUAUACUGCACAGCAUUGGAAACUGCAGCGGGAGGUCGAUUAUACAACGUGGUGGUGGACACGGAGGUGACGAGCAAGCUGCUGCUGCAGCGCGGCCAGCUCACGUCGCGCACCACCAUCGUGCCGCUCAACAAGAUCAGCUCGCACGUCAUCGACCGCAAUACUGUCCGCAAGGCGCAGGAGAUCGGCGGCGGUCCCGAGAACGUGCAACUGGCUCUAGACCUGAUCUCUUACGAGAGCCAUCUAAAGCCCGCGAUGUCGUGGGUGUUCGGCGGCACGUUAGUGUGCCGAGACUUGGAGACGGCGCGGCGCGUGACGUUCCACCCGGCGGUGCGGCGGCGCUGCGUCACGCUGGACGGCGACGUGUUCGACCCCGCCGGCACGCUCUCCGGCGGCGCCAAGCAAAAGGGAGGCUCAUUGCUAGUCCAGCUACAACAGCUGAAGCAGCUAGAACAAGAGCUGAAGACGUCGCAGGCGCAACUGUCGCAGUGCACCAACGAGCUGCAAGCCAUGCAACACGUCGGCGAGAAGUACACCGCCUUGCAACAAAAAGUGGAGAUGAUGUCGUACGAGCUGAACGUGGUGAAGGCGCGGCUGGCCACCACCUCACACGCGCAGACACACAACGAGAUAGAGAGCUUGCGGGCACAGGUAGCAGAGCUGACGGCGGCAGUGACACGUGAUCGAGAGACGCAGAAGGAGACAGCCGCGCGGGCUGCACAGCUGGAGGAGAAAGUUCGCGACAUCAAGGGGCACAGAGAGAGAGAGUUCAAAAAAGCAGAAGAAGCAUUAAAGAAAGCGAAAAAGGACGCGGAGCUUCAUGGCAGCUCAUGGAAGCAGCGCGAACAGGAGCUGGAGACGUUGAAGCUAGAAGUGUCGGAGUUGCAGCAAGCUGUCGCCACGAGUACGCAACAACUUGCUGAGACUAAAGCGGCUGCGGAAGCCUUGCAUGAGAGCUUGGAGAAGGCUAAAGAGGAACACAGUACUGCUAGCGAAGCAGUAAAAGAGAUGCAGGGUCGCAUCAAGCGCCAGAAGGCGGAGAUCGCGGGCCGCAACACGGAGAUCUCGCGCAUCCUGCACAAGAAGGAGCAGCUCGCCAAGCUCAGCGCCGACCUCGAGCUCAAGAUCAAAGAGCUCGAGUAUACUAGCAAGGAGCUGCAGGCUGAGGCCACUGAUCUGCAAGCCAAGAUAAUAUCGCUGGAGGACGAGAACCCGUGGAUCAGCUCGGAGAAGUCGUACUUCGGUGCGCCGGGCGGCAUGUUCGACUUCGAGGCGCGACAGGCGAGCGUCGCCGGCGCCCGCCUGCAGCAGCUGCGCGAGCGCCGUGACCGCCUCGCGCGCGGACUCAAUGCUCGUGCCCAUACGCUGCUCAGCAAGGAGGAGGAACAGUACCAGGACGUGCUGCGCAAGAAGCAGAUCGUGGAGGCGGACCGCGCCAAGCUGGUGCAGGUGAUGGCGGAGCUGGACGAGAAGAAGCGCCGCACGCUGGUGGCGGCCUGCACGCAGGUCAACCGCGACUUCGGCUCCAUCUUCAGCACGCUGCUGCCCGGCGCCCAGGCCAAGCUCACGCCGCCCGAUGGACUUACUGUGCUCGACGGGCUAGAGGUGAAAGUGGGCUUCAACAUGACAUGGAAGGAGUCCCUGGGCGAGCUGUCUGGCGGGCAGCGGUCGCUGGUGGCGCUGUCGCUGGUGCUGGCCAUGCUGCUGUUCAAGCCGGCGCCGCUCUACAUCCUCGACGAGGUGGACGCCGCGCUCGACCUCUCGCACACGCAGAACAUCGGACAGAUGCUUAAAGAACACUUUAAGCAUUCACAGUUCAUAAUAGUAUCUCUAAAAGACGGUAUGUUCAACAACGCAAACGUACUCUUCCGGACGCGGUUCGUGGACGGCAUGUCUUCAGUACAGCGGACAGUCAACUCGCGCCGGUGAACCAACCGGCCUUCACUAGCCUGUGGAUACUGAACCAAACGAGCUUUGUACAUACUAAUUAUACGUAGAUCGUAAUACAAUGCCUAAACAAGGAUUGAACAGUGCUCUUAUAAUUGGUGGCUAAUAGCACCCCUCUUUCUGUCGGGGGUUAAAACGGUGCGAUGUGUACAUAGAACCUUAAUCUUAUAUGACGAAACACGGCGGUAUAACAGCAGUCAUAAUUCGAAUAGUUAUUAAGAUGUAUAACCUGGAUCAAGACUUCAAACGUAAGUAUAGAGGAGGUAAUUUUUUGUUUUGUUAUACGAAUUUAUAGGUUCUGUGUAUACUAGUAUAGGACAUGAUAAAAUAUGUGAUCUAGUUUUGUCUAAAGUAAUGAAACUGAGUGACUGCCGACGGCUGGCAUCGUGAUGUAAAGCUUAGCGUUAUUAGCAAUAAGUAUUGUAUUGUCUUUAAUAAACAACAUCCCUCUUAUUAUAAAAACUGCCGCAAGUAGUGGUUUAAACCCGACUGAAGACGUCUUGGUUUGUUACGGUACUUACGAUAGUCUUUACAUCCUUAUUACAAAACGUAGACUAAGAGAAGACUGUUUAGUACUUCGAUUUGUCUGUGUGUGUGUGUGUGGUUCAAAUAAUAUCCACAGAUUAUAAGCAACAAAUAUUUAAAUCAUUCGCUCAAUCGUUCCGAAUUCUAUGCGCCGUUCCUUUUUACAUUAUUUUGUUAAGUCUAUUUUGAUGAAAAAUAAAUAACUAUGAUAAUAAAAAAAAUAUCUCUGCAGUUGAAAAUAUUACUUUUUAUUAUUUAAAGGUAAUUUUAUAUUUCUAGUAUUUUUUAACGAUAUACAUGAUCCAAUUAUUCUCUUUUAAACAACUAUCGUAGUUUUAAACAGUUUGCGCGUAUAACGGAACGUCAGCGCGCGUAUCCGAGUUGUUUUGUUUUUAGGUUAGAAAUAAUUUGGAUUAUUUUCAUCCCGAUUUAAAUGAUUAAAUAAGACAUUGUGCAUCUAAUUAGAACCUCUUCAAAAUUAAGUGCACAAUAACUUACCUACACACAGAAUAUCGUGUGCAUUAAAUUACCAAAAGAAAAUGAAACAUUUGAAACAACAUAAAAGUAGAAAAUUAUAUUUUAUUCCGAUGUCUAUUUAUGCACUGAUACAUGUUGGACACUGUUCUUCAUCACACAAUCUUGUUCCCUUUCUCAUCUAGGCAUUUUUGUACAUUUUAGCAAGCUUCCAGUCUUUUACAAACAUUGCAUAUUACUGGCAGAGAUACGGCGUGCAAAACGCCAAAAUAGUCUUGAAUCUGUAAAUAAACAAUAGACUGUAUGAUAAUCUGAUAUAUUUUCGGAGUUUCAUCAAAAUCUAUGUGGUAGUUUAUGUGUGGAACAUAAACAAACAUCCAUAAUAAAAACUUUGACUCGUAUACAAUUAAUUAGGAUGUUUUGGCAAACUACUUGCACUGUAAAGGCUACUUACUGUAUGGCGAGCCCAGUUGAGCAUCAUAGGAUCAUCCUGGAUUAUCAUCAUGCAUUCAAUUGACUAUUAUUUCGAAAAACGUAAAUCGAUAUUUAUAUCGAAAAUUGUCGUCAGGUAAUUUGAAGAGAUUUUGUCGAUGACGCAUUCUGUUGGGUCCCCGGACACUCUCAAUAGUAUUCUAACACAUCCAAGUAUUCCAAAUCACACAUAUUUAUAUCCACUUUCGUUUUUUUCAUCACAAAACAAAUAACCUCAAAAGUAAAUAAUGUCGGAAUUUGACGUUUGUCGACUAAGUACUGCAGUUAAACUAGGGGGCUCGAUGGUUUAUCUUUUGUACUACAGAUAGUAAUAGGACUUGCGAUAAACUGCGUUUUGUAAUAACGUUUUUUCAAGGUCGUACUUAAAGGUGGAUUAAAGGUAGUACAAAAGCCGAUACUUAUUUGAUACCGCGUUUUAUAAUAAGAGGGCAAGUGUUCAGUUGUAUGUGAUGACGAAACAUCGACCAUUAUAACGCGACGUCAAUUUAUGUUAUAAUAUUUUGAAAGUAUUUGUUAAUUUCCAAGUCUCAAUUUAUUAUUGUUCAUAAUUUUAUAAGGGUAAAUAAGGGUGCAUUCACCCAGACAGCAGUCCGUUUUAUUCGGCGAUGGCGUAGCCUAUGUACGUACAAUUUCACACUCAGCUCACAGUAUUCCAAAUCCAGUUAAAAAUGCCAUAUUCUCCAGUGUCAUUUUCUUCUUUCAUCGAUUUCUUCCGCAAUGUAAAUAGCUUGUAUCUAUUUUGUUGGCUUUUGUGAUUCGCCAAAUUCAAAAUUCUAACGAUUCAUUUAGUUAAUGUUUUUGAAAAGGUUUCAUUUGUACUACACGUUUGUUUGACAUGUCAUUGUUUAGAACUAAUGAAUUACAAGAUGUCAGCCAAGACUGAUAGUCGUUGUGCUGUAAAGUUAAUUAGUUGUAUGUGUAUAGUUUAGAAUAAAGCUCUUAAUUUUC